AUGGCCAACUGGCCCAUAACGACAAUCGCAUUAACCGUGACUCUCCUCCUCGUCUUCCAAUUCUCCAUCCGUCUAUAUCGACAGCGCCGCUUCUUCAAAGACCUGCCUGGCCCUCCUCACUCCUUCAUAUGGGGCCACCUCCCCAUCAUGGGCAGCAUAUCCGCCCUCUUCCCCCCCAACAACCACCCGCAAGCCUACCUCACCGAACUCUCACGCAGAUACAACCUCCCCUCCCUCUACUACCUGGACCUGUGGCCCAUCGCGCCCUCGCAAGUCGUCCUCUCUGACCCUUCCCUCCUCGAACAAGUCACCGUGGCGAAACCCCUCCCGCAGCACCAACUCAGCGACGACUUCCUCGCCCCCAUCACGGGCCGCAACACCAUCGCCACGGCCAACGGCGCCAUAUGGAAAGACCUCCACCGCGCCAUGGUCCCGGCCUUUUCGUGGUCCCACAUCCGGAGCCUGACGGGCGUCGUCGUCCAAGAAUGUCAACUAUUUCGGGAAGCGCUCGAUAAUCUGUCAAACACGGGGGAGGUCUUCUCCAUGGAGGAGUUAGGUUCCAAGCUGACGUUUGAUGUGAUUGCCCGUGUGGUGUUUAAUGUGCGGCUGUAUGCGCAGACGACGGGGAGUGUGUGGCUCCGCGAUCUGCGUGAGAUGAUAAGACUGGCGGAUGGGGCUACAGAUAUCUCUGUGCAGUUUAAUCCCGUGGCGAGGGUGCGGUUGUGGUGGAAGAGGAGACAGGUGCUGGGACGGUUGGAUCCCAGUAUAAGGGCGCAGGUAAGGGAGCGGUUUGCGCUGUUGAAGAGCGAGGGCGUCGUGCCGAGGAAGAACGACCCGGAUAGUAUUUUGGAUUUGAUGCUGCGUGAGAAAGUGGCCAGUGGGCUGGGGCUGGCGCUACAUAAGAGUGAGCUGUCUGCAGAAGAUGAAGCCAUGCUAGUAACAAAUAUCAAGGCGCUUCUCAUCGGCGGCCAAGGCACAACAACAGACAGCCUAUGCUUCAUAUACAUGCUCCUCUCGAAACACCCCAACGUCGUCCAAACCCUCCGCGAAGAACACACCUCCCUCCUGCAAACCCACCCCCUCACCAUCUCCACGCUCCUCACAUCCCCCGAAAAGCUCCAAUCCCUCCCCUACACCGAAGCCGUCAUCAAAGAAGCUCUGCGCCUCUUCCCCGUCGGUUUCGGCGUCCGCGGCGCCUCUACCGGCGCAACACUCCCCUUCCAGGGCCGCGACCUCCCCAUCGACAAUGACCUGGGCAUCGUGCUCAACGGCCACGACGUGCACUACAACGAGGAGUACUUCCCCGAUCCUACGGCGUUUAAGCCCGAGCGCUGGCUGGGGGACAUACCGAAGUCGUAUUUCCGCACGUUUGGGAGGGGACUGCGUGCGUGUUUGGGCCAGAAUCUCGCGGUGAAUGAGCUCAAGAUUAUUUUGGUCAUGACGGUACGGGACUUUGUGUUUGAGUGUGUGGUUGAGGCGAAUGAGAGGGCGAGGUGUGCGCAUACGGAUCUGGAUCUUGUGUUUGGGGAUGCUGUUUUUCAGGAGUUGGGGUUGGAGGCGAAGCCUAGGGGGGGGAUGAAGAUGCGGGUGAGGAGGGUGGGCGAGGGGGGUGUGUAG